AUGACAAUAUUUGCCGCUCCAGAAGGAGAGCAAAAAGAAGUUUUAUGGUACGACAAGAGUGAGCGAGAAUGUUUGUCGAAAUUAGAGGCAGCCGAAACGAGUAAAGAUGAGGGUGAAGAGUUUGACCUCUGGCAAGAAUCCAAGUCUCUUUUGGGAAUCGCUCUUCCCGCCGUUGCUGUACAAUUUAGCGUCCUGUUUAUCUUUCCUCAAACAGCAUCUAUGGUGGGAAGAAAUCUGGGAAAGGAACAAUUGGCAGGAUUCUCAUUGGGGUCACUUGUGGGAAAUUUGACUUGCCUUUCCGUCAUGGUGGGUGCCUUGACAGCUGCUGACACACUUAUGCCUAGAAGCUUUGCGGCGGAAAACUACGCAGAAAUGGGAAGAUUGGCAGUUCGAGGAAUGAUUUUAUGCAGCCUAUUAUUGAUCCCACCAGUAAUUCCACUAUGUACAAUGAUGGAAUGGGUGUUUGACAAGUUGGGCCAAGAUCCAGAAGCUUCACAUUUGGCAACUCAAUGGAUUCGGAUAUACUUGAUUGGUGUUCCAGCGAUGCUUUUGUUUCGAGUGGUCCAAAGUUUCUUGAACGCCCAACAUCAAGUAUGGCCCAUGGUCUAUUCCAGUCUUGCCGCUUGUUUUCUGGUACAUCCCUUUUUGCUCAAGAUCUUGGUAUCAAGAUUGGAAUUCAUUGGUUCCAGUCUGGCCAUUUGCAUGACACAAUACGUCAUGAUUGCUUUUCUGUUUGCGUACAUGUGGUUCAAUCCAGUCCACCAAAAGGAAUCCUGGCCUGGAAUGAGCAAAACAUUUUUCCUCGAGUCCAUUAGUCCCCGUCCAAUGUUGGCGUUUUUGAGUCUGAGUAUGGGAGGGGUUUUGAGUCUGAGCGAGUGGUGGUUUUGGGAGACGGUUUGUUUCAUUGUGGGUUCUUUUGGCGUCGUUCCGCUCUGUGUCCACACGAUUGCCUACCAAUUAGUCCCAUUGCUGUUUAUGAUUCCGCUGGGCAUCAUGAUAGGCUUGACGGUAAGGCUUGGCCACUUGAUUGCCUAUGAUGUCCCAAAAGCCAAAAAGUUGGCUGCCUGGUGCAUGGGAUUCACCACUCUUUUGGGAUUGGUCGUGUCCACUCUGCUCUACAAGUUUCGAAUUGGAAUUGCCAUGUUGUUUUCCACGGAUGAAGAAGUCAUUCAGGGAUGCAAGGAGAUUUGGCCCAAACUGUGCUAUUAUAUUUUCGUCUUGUACAUUUUUGGAAUCAACAGUGCCAUUAUGAGGGCUCUGGGAAUGCAAUGGCAAAUGGCUGCCAUCAUUUUUGGGUGUUUGUGGGUGGGGACACUACCAGCCUUGGCCUAUUUUUCCAUUCACCAGGGUGGUGGAAUUGAUGCAGUUUGGAGUACCUUGCCCGUUUUCUAUACGGGCAUGCAAUUCCUGUUGGCCUAUUCCUACAUUCGGGAGGAUUGGUAUGAAAUAAGCAAAGAGAUUAGGAGGCAUGCGCUUGAGAGCGUAGAAGAAGCCAACGGCAAGCUUGUGAAUGAAGAAACCAAGCUGCUCACGCAAGAAUCUCGAUAG